GCUGGGCUGGUCUCUAAGGCUGCAUGUUUUACAUUUGCUAACUUCAGCUCGGCUGCCUCUCGCUGCUACACCCUGCACAGGCACACUCGAAGAGCUGGCAGAGGCAGGCUCCCCUUCUCUUCAGGAAACAGAUGCCUAUUGGCUGGAACACAGCCAUCACCCUCGUGUGGCUUCUGAACCCAGAGCGCAGAAGGCUGGGGUGUGAGAAUGCCAGCGCCUGCUUCCAGCGAAACCACACCACCAGCUGGCUGACGGAGCCAGUGCAGCCGGAAGGAAAAGCACCGCAAGCAGGGAGCGCUUGAAGCGCAGCCAGAAGAGCACCAAGGUGGAGGGGCCAGAGCCCGCGCCGGCUGAGGCCUCGCUGAGUGCCGAGCAGGGGACGAUGACGGAGGUGAAGGUGAAGACCGAGCUACCUGAUGACUACAUCCAGGAGGUGAUCUGGCAGGGGGAGGCCAAGGAGGAGAAGAAGGCGGUCGGCAAGGAUGGGACAGGUGAUGUGCCCGCCGAGAUCUGCGUGGUGAUCGGUGGUGUCCGCAACCAGCAGACCCUUGAUGGAAAAGUGCCCGAAGGCAGCCCCCACGGUGGAUCGGUGCGAAGCCGCUAUUCAGGGACCUGGAUUUUUGACCAAGCGUUGAGAUACACAUCUGGAUCCUAUGAGUGUGGAAUUUGUGGCAAGAAGUAUAAGUAUUACAACUGUUUCCAGACCCACGUCCGGGCACACCGAGACACUGAAGCCACCUCAGGGGAGGGAGCCUCCCAAGGCAACAAUUUCAGGUACACGUGUGACAUCUGUGGGAAGAAGUACAAGUACUACAGCUGUUUCCAGGAGCACCGGGACCUGCACGCCGUGGAUGUGUUUAGUGUGGAAGGGGCCCCCGAGAAUCGGGCAGACCCCUUCGAACAAGGCGUUGUGGCUACUGAUGAGGUGAAGGAGGAACCCCCGGAACCAUUCCAGAAAAUCGGGCCAAUGAACAAUAUUACAUCAGAAAUUUUUAAGAAGAAAGAAGUUAGGCAGUGCCAAAAGAGAGAAACUGGCAAUUACACCUGUGAAUUCUGCGGAAAGCAGUACAAGUACUACACACCCUACCAGGAGCACGUGGCCUUACACGCCCCCAUCAGUACUGCCCCCGGGUGGGAGCCACCGGACGAUCCAGACACGGGCUCUGAGUGUUCGCAUCCGGAGGUCUCCCCGUCUCCACGCUUCGUGGCAGCGAAGACCCAGACGAACCAGUCGGGGAAAAAAGCUCCGGCCUCCGUGGUCCGAUGUGGCGCCCUCUUACACCGCACCCCUCCAGCCACCCAAACCCAGACGUUCCGCACUCCAAACUCGGGAUCUCCGGCAAGCAAGGCGACCGCAGCAGAAAGCGCUUUCAGUCGGAGAGUAGAAGGCAAAGCACAAAACCACUUUGAAGAGACAAAUAGCAGUUCCCAAAACUCUAGCGAAACUGCAAGUCCCCUGAUUUCCAAUACUUUCCCUCUCCUACAGAAACCGUACACCUGCGGCGCCUGUGGGAUCCAGUUCCAGUUUUACAACAAUCUGCUGGAGCACAUGCAGUCCCACGCAGCGGACAACGAGAACAACAUUGCCUCCAACCAGUCCCGAUCGCCGCCUGCUGUUGUAGAAGAGAAGUGGAAACCCCAGGCCCAGAGGAAUAGCGCCAACAACACCAUAACCAGUGGCCUGACACCCAACAGCAUGAUCCCCGAGAAGGAGCGGCAGAACAUCGCAGAGCGCCUGCUGCGGGUCAUGUGCGCCGACCUGGGUGCGCUGAGCGUGGUAAGCGGGAAGGAGUUCCUGAAGCUGGCCCAGACGCUGGUGGACAGCGGUGCCCGCUAUGGGGCCUUCUCCGUCACGGAGAUCCUGGGCAACUUCAACACGCUGGCGCUAAAGCACCUGCCGCGCAUGUACAACCAGGUGAAGGUGAAGGUGACGUGCGCCCUGGGCAGCAACGCCUGCCUGGGCAUCGGCGUCACCUGCCACUCACAGAGCGUCGGCCCCGACUCGUGCUACAUCCUCACGGCCUACCAGGCCGAGGGCAACCACAUCAAGAGCUAUGUGCUGGGCGUCAAGGGCGCGGACAUCCGCGACAGUGGUGACCUGGUGCACCACUGGGUGCAGAACGUGCUGUCAGAGUUCGUGAUGUCGGAGAUCAGGACGGUGUACGUGACAGACUGCCGGGUGAGCGCGUCGGCCUUCUCCAAGGCCGGCAUGUGCCUUCGCUGCUCAGCCUGUGCCUUGAACUCGGUGGUACAGAGUGUGCUGAGCAAGCGGACACUGCAGGCCCGCAGCAUGCAUGAGGUCAUCGAGCUGCUCAACGUGUGCGAGGACCUGGCGGGCUCCACGGGCCUGGCCAAGGAGACCUUCGGCUCGCUGGAGGAGACCUCGCCGCCGCCCUGCUGGAACUCAGUCACCGACUCGCUGCUGCUGGUGCACGAGCGCUACGAGCAGAUCUGCGAGUUCUACAGCCGCGCCAAGAAGAUGAACCUGAUCCAGAGCCUCAACAAGCACCUGCUCAGCAACCUGGCGGCCAUCCUGACGCCCGUCAAGCAGGCGGUCAUCGAGCUGAGCAACGAGAGCCAGCCCACCCUGCAGCUAGUGCUGCCCACCUAUGUCCGGCUGGAGAAGUUGUUCACGGCCAAGGCUAACGACGCAGGCACCGUUAGCAAGCUGUGCCACCUCUUCCUGGAGGCCCUCAAGGAGAACUUCAAGGUGCACCCGGCACACAAGGUGGCCAUGAUCCUGGACCCGCAGCAGAAGCUGAGGCCUGUGCCGCCCUACCAGCACGAGGAGAUCAUCGGCAAGGUGUGCGAGCUCAUCAACGAGGUGAAGGAGUCCUGGGCCGAGGAGGCCGACUUUGAGCCCACCGCCAAGAAGCCCCGCUCCACCGCGGGCGAACACCCCGUGGCUCAGGAGGACGAUCGGCUGGGGAAGAACGAGGUGUACGAUUACCUGCAGGAGCCCCUCUUCCAGGCCACCCCCGAUCUCUUCCAGUACUGGUCGUGCGUGACCCAAAAGCACACGAAACUCGCCAAACUGGCCUUCUGGCUGCUCGCGGUUCCGGCCGUGGGGGCCAGGAGCGGGUGUGUAAAUAUGUGUGAGCAAGCACUUCUGAUCAAAAGGAGGCGGCUGCUCAGUCCGGAAGACAUGAACAAACUCAUGUUUCUGAAAUCCAACAUGCUUUAAGACUUCGGGACGCUGACAAGGAAGACAAGAGAAAGAGAAGAGAAACGUUAGGAAAAAGAAAACCACACACACACACACAACACUGUCGCAAAGAAAAAGGAAUUUAAGUUCUAAACACUGUGGACCUCAUUAUAAACGCCCCCCUGGAAACUUAAGUGCUUUUUCAGCGUGCGUGUGCAUGUGGUGUGCGCACGCGUCCGAGCGCGUGGGCCGCGGGUUUGCAGCCCGGGGGAGGGGGUGCUGUGCUCUCCCGCGCAGCCUCCCCACAGCCUCGUGCACGCGUGCACACACACACACACAACCCUGGUGCAUGCACACACGCCUGCUCGCGGGCGCCUGUGCAUUAAGCUGGGUGUGUCAGGAAAGCUAUGUGGGAAAGAGGGAAGACGCUUCACCUCCCUUUCUCAGUGAGGGGGCUGCAAAGACUCCGUUUUCAGGUGUGCAGAUUGGUAGAAGGCUGAUGUCGUAAAAUGUUCAGGCAGCUGAGAUCUGAAGUGACUUGACGUUCUCUGUCCUUGCCCCCAUGGCUUCCCUCCUCCCCCUCUCCUCUCCCCCUCCCCCCAGCCCUCCUGACCACACCGCUUCCCCACCCACCUCCCACCCCGGCUGCUCUGCCAUGGAUUCUCCAAACCGCAUCAGACGGACAGUGUCUGCACUGGACUGUGUUCUCGUUCACCUUCAGGGCAUUGAGCUGCUGCCGCCGAGCUUCCUCCCCGUGUUGGGGGGUGGGUCCCGGGGCAGCCGCCUUAGAAACACACCUAUCUAUCUCCCCAAAUCAGGAAAGGAGAGUUUAAGAAUAUAAAACUGACUUUUUGCUUUUUAAUAUAAGAUAGAAAAAAAAAAGACAUUUUUUAAAGAAGUAUAGAUACUGUCUCCACUCAAUUUUUUCCCCUAACAUUUUAGCAGUUUUUACCUUUUUUUUUUUUCCCCCUCCCUCAAAUUUGAUUUUAGACUCUGCUAGGAGGCACUGAAUGUCUGUAACUUAUGUUUUGGAGGUGUUUUUGGUUUUGUUUUUUUGUUUUUUUCAGUUGCCCUUUUUGUUCCUCAAAUCACACUGUAAACUAGCUCAUCUCAGUGGUACCUUCAGUAGCCUAAGGUUUUUAUUAGCCCUCCCUCUACCGUCCCAUGUUCAUGUAUUCGAACGGCCAAGACCACGAACUUGGCGUUGCUGUUUGGAAACCAGGAGUGGGGCUGGAGUCACAGGUUUCACGGACGUGGGGUUCGGGGGAAGCCAUAGGGAAGUGUGUGGCUUAGGCGUGCUCGUGAAUGUACGCGGAAGACCCGCCCUCCCGGUUUGCUGUGUCUGGUACCGCGAAUGUCUGACUUCUGUACCCAGAGUGCAUUACACUACUCGCCACGUCACUGACACUUCCAGCUCAGCGGGGACUCCCAAGUCCCUCCACAUUCACCUCCGUAGCACCUCAGACCCACAGCCCCUCCCCCCUCCCUGGGGCCCCAUGGGGUUCCUCUGAGUUCCAUUGCCCCAGGCCUGGGGGAGGGGGUCCUUCCCCCUCCAUGAGCCUCGGCCCUUCUGCCAGGACAGUAGUUGAGCUUGGUGCCUUGGUGGCCAAACGGUUGAUAUAUGGAGGGCACAGUGGCAUCAGGCCACAUUUAACAUGAGGCUGUGAAAGAUGGAUUUUCUCUCUGUGAGCAGUUUAGGUUCUACACGCUCAGUCCAGGUGCCAAGAGCUUGGCCCCUUUGCCCUCCCAGGAGGUGGUUCUGUCAGGGUCCACACUCCACCCCCGCCCCAGCCCUCCCACGAGUAAUACGCCGGUGGCCUCUGGCCCCCCAGUGGCCAUGGCUAGUGGGAUAGAUGGUUACACUGAGGGCUUCAGGCUAAGAAUGACCACCCUCACAGAGGGCUCUUUGCAAAGGCAUGUUUCACCAUCUUGAGGGUUGACCAAGUCCGCUCCCUCCUUUCCUGGUAAUAAAGCAUUACUUAGCAGUGAGAUACCUCGAUUCCAAAAAGCACUGUACAACAGGUCCCUCCCCAGGUCCGUGAGCAGAUCGGGAAGUCAAGUUGGUCCAAAAACUCGAGAAGGCUUAGGAUCAAUCUUAGACCAGAACAGUGUCCCUGGGGACCAGGCCUGCUCACGUCACCUCAUGAGAACUAACCCAGCUUUUCCCUCCAAGUCUUGGACAGACUGAAAUGCAUCACAACAGGCCGUUCACACCUUCGCUCCAGCAAGCGGUGGUCUCAGGAACCAGUGUGCCGUUGCCUCUCCUGGAGAAGUUCUAGGCAUUUCCCCACAUUUCCAGCCGGGGUCACACCACUAGAAGAGCCUCCAUUUGCACUGGACAGUCACCUCAUGUCGCUCGAGAGAGUGUGGGAGCAGCAGGGAACUUUUUGAUCUGAUUUUUGGGGACGUUCCAGAAGGUAGCUGUGAGGCUGCUGCGGAAGGGUCCACGACUUGGCACUUCCCACCACACAUGGAGGAUCAGAGCUUUGUGUGUUUGGUGGGAACAGAGCCCUGGAGCCCACCAUCCCGUCCUGAGAGUAGAGCUGUUCUGUGUUGCCCCAUUACUGGGCCAGAUAUUUCUCUUCCUUGCAGAGCCAUCAGAGACCAAACCCAGAGACUCAUUCAGAGCACUCCACAUUCUCUUCAGAACACGAGGCUGUCUGCCCUCCAGAAUGAAAGUCUGUGUAAGUCUAGUUAGCUACACUGUAUAAGUGUCGAGUCCUACUUGUCACCCUUGUUCUGUUCUAACUUCCCACCUCCUUUCAACCCUUUGGGCUUGGCUCGCUCUGUAGGUUUAGGAGAGAUGCUACUAGUCGCUCUGAAAGCUGUCUCCUGGGGCUGCCUCAUCCGGAUUCGGUAACAAGGUGGCAGGUAGUCCUUUGUCUCUUGCAGCCGCUGGUUUCCCCCAAAAGAUGUCACCAACAGGAAUGGCUGUAUCAAGGUGCCCCUUCGGUCUGCCGCGUCAUGCAUGCGGUUCCCGUAGUGCAAAUCUUGCUGCAGUGAACGGCUUAGGAAAACCCAAAGAUCUCACAGGUCCAGCCACUGGCCCCUCAUUUCCAGCAAUAUCCACCUUAUCCAAAUUCUAGUUUAGCCAAAGGAUUGAGGGUAGACUCUUCCAGUUCGUCUCCCUGCUCCUCCCCUGGCACCGACCUUGCGAAGGAUUUUGUCUUCGGUUCCCCGCGUUCUGUGACCACUACGGGACUUCCUACCACAGGCCGUUGGUUGCUGGCGGGCCAGGCAAUAGGGCCAUCUCAGUCAUGUUUUUGGCAGCUCAGUGUGGUCGUCUGCUGAACUUGGACACAACUUGACUCAAGCCAUGCGAUUCCCGAGACGGAAGUGGUCUGGUUUUGACACAUGUGGAUCCCAGCGGGGGAGAAGAGAAAGCACGCCUCCAUCCUGCAGGGUGGCCUCCCCUCAUCUGAUGUCCACCGGCUUCACCACCAAGCCCAGGCCAAGGACUGCAGCCUCAUGCGUGGUCGAUCUGAGUGGCCCGGGCGCGGAUGCUCCGGUCCCAGCACCGUUCUCCCUCCCGGUGCCUGGGCCCACCAGCCAGGCCUCAGAUAGUGGUCCGAAACCGGGAAGCAAAACGGAAGGGCCUCGUGAGCAAAGCUGCUGCCGGAUCCCCGAGCACGUGCCCCCCCGACAGCCUUGGGCUUUGAGUUCAGGCUUUGGCUCUUGAUGGGAAAAGGGUACAAAGGUUUCCUGGUCAGGAGAGAACGGUCCAAGGAAGGACUUUCUUUUUACACCUGGUUCGUAAACUGGCAAGUGUUCUCCCCUUGAGUUUCCUCUUUUAUUUCCUGCACUUUGAAGAAACACCAGGGAAGAACUCGGCAAGGCGUGUUUUCCACUGUGAAGCUGAGCCUCGGCCUUCGGGGGUCCCCUGUGCUCGGCUGAGGCCACCUGCUGCUGCCCGGUCUGGGACUAGACUCCUCAGCGAGGGGCCACCUGGAGAGACAUCAGGGAUACGGCGCACACUCUCGGGGGCCAGACAUUCCCAAGAAAGUUUCGGAGUGAAGCUGGGUUGCGGAUGGCGGAGGAAGGUCCCGUGAGCAACAGCCGGGAAGGGGACGGUGCCUGGAUGUUGUCACCAGGAUGGACGCGCUGGCAAAGACGGGAAGAGGAGGCACACGGGGUGUGGUGUGGUGGGCAGCCGCCUCCUGCCCGGCUGAGCUGGGGUGAGUUCAUAGCUUUGCCCUUGGCCUUGAGAAUGGUGGCAACGCCCGUUUUCCUGUGAUGUACCUGACGGGGGAGCUCCUGGAAAGGCUGCUGGUUAGAACGGCGAGGCGGAGUCUGGCCCAGGCUGUUCCCUGGAGACGGUAGGCGGGGGCUCCGGGCUCAGCCCUGCCGGCCCUGCCCCAGCCCCCAGCUCCAGCUGGGCCUGCCCCUCUCUUCACUGUGGCUCAUGUUUGCUAGGCCAGUUAUGGUGAACCAAUGAUACGGUGUUGUUUUUCCUCUUAUGUUUCCCUCCUGGGUUCCCUCUUCAGGGUUUUCUGGAGGAUUUAGUUGUCGCCGUUUUGUUUUUCUUCCUCUCUCAUUUGGGUUUGAGGGUCGUGGUCACUAGAGGCCUGCCUUUCCCCGGAGGGGGCCCUGUGGUUUCUGGGAGAGGAGGCACCUGCUUCCGCUUUGAUGAGGGUGAAGAUCCCGGGGUCACUGUUCACUGUAUUCAUGUCCCCGCCGCCGCCACGGGUGUUGCUUCUGAGACCCAACUCCUGUCCAGAGAAGAGUUGGGUAGGUCUGCAGUCGGGCGUCAGCAUCAGGACCCACGGGUCCUACCCACCUGUGCGUCCCCACUGGGCACCUUGACUCUUCGAACCAAAGUUCCUUAAAGGGGCACAGCCCAGCCUUGUCCACAACCUCAGGGGCCUGGGAUCCCUGUGGCGCUUCCUGACGUCCAGUUGGCCGAGACCAGCCGGAGGGAAGCCUCCUCCCACAGCCCAGGUGCCAGCCGGUCCCUGCCCAGGGCCCUCCCUCCCGCCCAGCCAGGGUGGCCGGGUUCCUCGGGUGGUGAGCCAGCUCGUGGACUGGCGUGCGGCUGGGACUCGCCAACCGGGAGAGAGGGGACCUGCUGGGCAGUGCGUCCGGGGCCAUUCAGAUCUCAAGCAUCAGGAAAUCAUUUUGUACAACCACCCGAAGCAGAGAUAUUUUUUAAAAAGCGUAAAUUAUUUUUCAUUUGUGUUCUGAUCCUUUUUCUUUUCCCCCUGCAAACUUCACGUCGGUGAUUCUUUCACAUCAGGUAAAUCUUCAGAAAGCCUUGGUGCCCCUUCCUGCCCACGCCCCGCUCAGUAACCACGUGCGUGCACCCUCCAACCCCCAUCCUUUCUCAGUAGUUAAAGAUGUUCUAGGCAAUACCAUAGGCACAUCUGACUGUGUCUCUCUCUCCGAGUGCAAGAAACUCAAGUCAUCUUAAAAAAAAAAAAUACAAAAAAAAAUUUACAAAAAAACAAACACAAAAAAAAUAUCUUUUUUAGGCCAGAGUUUUCUACAGGUAUUAAUGAAUAUUUUUCUUAAUCCUUAUAAGUUUUAUGUGUUUAAUAUUUCUUAAUACCGGUAGCAUUAAUUUAUACUUUUGUAGCAACACAAUAUUUUUAUAAACAGCCAGUGCUUGGCUCCAGUCUUCACGAGGGGUUCAUGCAGGGGCCCUCUUGGGGCCCUGUGUACCAUGUACUGUAUUUAAAAAAAAAAGUUACCUAGUGUCACCCUUGCUGUGUUAAUUAACAAAAGACGUUGUUUGCGGUCUCCCGUGUCGUCGGUGUGGCUCCGGCGGCUCUCCAAGGAGUCACGUUGCAUGGGGGUUGAGUUGACAGUUCUUGUGAUCUGUAAACCCCCGAGACCAAACUUGAGGGUUUAUUUAGGGUUUUCUGUUUGUCCUUUGGGUUUUUUCGUUUCACUUUGUUUUGGUACCGUAUCUCCAUUUACAGCCAAAUCAGUUUCGUGAUGUUUAAAACUUUUUCUGAUGUCAAAUGGAGGAAAGGAACAGAAAAAAAAAAAAAAAAAAAAAGGAAAAAAAAAAGAUUUUUACAGAGUAAUAAAAUUUAAAACUGAGCUGUUUAAAUGUUGCUGUUUUUACCUGUCUGUUCUUGUCCGAAAGUGGGACAUUCCCAGGAAGAAGAGGAAGGUUCCACUUGGUUCCUUAAAUCGCCAAAAGCCCUAGCCCAGAAUUCACCCCCCAUCCCCCGAAUUCUUGCAACAUUAUUUCCCAGUUGGUUGAUGCCAAGGCAAAAAGACAUCCUUUUAAUGGUUAGAGAGGAUCAGUUACUUAAAUGAUUUCAUGUCAGUGUUGUAUUUAUGGUUUUACAAUAAAACGACCUUUAGGACGA